UUUCCAAAGCUUCAUAGCUUCGCUUAGACACCUUAUUCAUUUGCUGAUAUCAUUCUGUAAUCAAUCGAGUGUGAUCGAAGAUGGAUCACGCUGCUGAAGCUCAUAGAACUGACCUGAUGACCAUCACUAGUUUUGUUCUGAAUGAGCAGUCCAAGUAUCCUGAGGCAUGCGGUGAUUUCACCAUCUUACUCAACCACAUUGUUCUUGGCUGCAAAUUUGUCUGCUCCACUGUUAGCAAGGCCGGCCUUGCAAAAGUAUUUGGACUUGCUGGAGAGAUGAAUGUUCAGGGUGAAAAACAAAAGAAAUUGGAUGUGCUUUCAAAUGAAGUUUUCAUCAAGGCAUUAAUUAGCAGUGGUCGCACUUGUAUUCUUGUUUCUGAAAAGGAUGAAGAGGCUACAUUUGUGGAGCCAUCAAAGCGCGGAAGGUACAUUGUUGUUUUUGAUCCAUUGGAUGGAUCCUCUAACAUCGACAGUGGUGUUUCCGUUGGAACUAUAUUUGGGAUUUACAUGGUGAAAGAUAAGGAAAAUCCGACUCUUGAUGAUGUACUGCGCCCUGGGAGUAAUAUGGUAGCUGCUGGUUAUUGCAUGUAUGGAAGCUCUUGCACGCUGGUGCUUAGUACUGGAAAUGGAGUCAAUGGCUUCACACUUGAUCCAUCCCUUGGGGAAUUUAUAUUAACCCACCCUAAUAUUAGGAUUCCAAACAGGGGAAAGAUCUACUCAGUAAAUGAAGGAAAUGCAGAAAACUGGGAUAUCCAAACUAACAUGUAUGUGGGAUUAUGCAAGUUUAACAUGGGGAAGUCUUUCAGAUACAUUGGAAGCUUGGUUGCUGAUGUCCACAGAACAUUAUUAUAUGGUGGCAUCUUUUUGUACCCUGCCGAGAAGAAAAGCCCAAAUGGGAAACUACGAGUCCUUUAUGAAGUUUUCCCAAUGUCCUACCUAGUUGAGCAAGCAGGAGGGCAAUCUUUUACUGGCAAGAAGCGGGCACUUGAUGUGGUUCCAGAGAAGAUACAUGAGAGGUCCCCAGUAUUCCUUGGAAGCUAUGACGAUGUCGAGGAAAUUAAACGACUUUUUAAGGCUACUUAUGACAGGGCCACCUCGGAUUCUUCCUCUUCAAUUCCGAGGUGGUUUGGUGGCUCGGUUUGAGCCGUAGAAGAUGCAGCAAAGAAGAGAAGAAGUCAAAGCCGUCGUUUUGGGUUUCCGGUAGGAACUCGAGUUUCCGGCUACCUUCGGUGGCAAUCCUUGUUAUGCUUAGCACCACCGCUACCAUUUAUCAUUCGUAGGUUACUUGUUAACCUACCUAGUGUAAUUUUUCUAUUUUCCUUGGACUGCUCCGAUAACCAUGGAAUGUUAUCUAUGUAUGUUGUAUAAUAUGGGUUUGGAUCAAUUUAGAAUUUCCUAGA